GGCUUAAAUAUCAGCUGCACCCUCAUUUUUCUCUGUGACAGUUCUCUCAACAUCUCAUUUCUUCUGCUUCUUCACCAUCUCUGCAGUCCUCCCCCAAAUCCUCAACCAUGGGAACUGAAAUGGUGAUGGUGGAUGAGAUCCCUUUUCCUCCUCAGAUCACAACGGCCAAGCCAUUAUGCCUUCUGGGUUAUGGAAUUACUGACAUUGAGAUUCACUUUCUCCAGAUCAAGUUCACAGCAAUUGGAGUUUACUUGGAACCUGAAAUUGUGGGCCAUCUGCAACCAUGGAAGGGUAAAUCUGGAAAGGAGCUUGCAGAGAAUGAUGAUUUCUUUGAGGCUCUUAUUUCAGCUCCUGGAGAGAAGUUUUUGAGAAUUGUGGUGAUCAAGGAGAUCAAGGGUUCACAGUACGGGGUGCAGCUAGAGAGUGCAGUCAGGGACCGAUUGGCAGCAGAUGACAAAUAUGAAGAAGAGGAGGAGGAAGCUUUGGAGAAAGUUGUUGAGUUCUUCCAGUCUAAAUAUUUCAAGAAAGAUUCCAUCAUUACGUUCCAUUUUCCUGCAACUUCAUGCACUGCUGAGAUUGUAUUUGCAACUGAAGGAAAAGAGGAGUCAAAGAUCACCGUAGAGAAUGCAAACGUUGUUGAGAUGAUCAAGAAAUGGUACUUGGGUGGAACAAGGGGAGUGUCUCCUACAACCAUCUCGGCCUUAGCCAACACCCUUGCAACAGAGUUGUCCAAAUGAACAGAGAUGCUGUCUACUUAUGGGCUGUAUGUUUCAUCUUAGUUUGUUUGUGUGCUAGGACCUUUGGAAGUUUGUCCUUGUACGAGCUUUGGUUUCUAUGCUUCUUAAUAAAUUAAUAUAGCAUCUUUCUGAGUAUUGCCCACCCCUUACUCAGAAUUCAUUCCUCA